AUGACGGACGAGACGGACCCGUUCAAGGCCAUUCUUGGCCAAAUCACCGAUGAUCAGUGGGACGAAUACAGAGCCUUAGAGGGGAAUUUGCAGCAAGGUAGCCUGCUUCAUGAUGACAGCUCGCCGGAAAGCUCGGUUAGCGGCUACACGACGCCGGACAUAUCGGAGGACAGUGACGCUACUGACACGGACAGUGACGCGGCUGACACGGACGAUAUCGGAGGGCAGAACGAAAAGUUCGGUGCCAAGUGUACCGACGGAGAGAUCCCGUUCGACAAGUUGACAGGAUUCGUGGACUCCUCCUUUGCGUCAGAGGACGAAUACUCCGAAGAGGAUGAUUCGCUGGAGAACAACGUCAACGAGGAUCAGCUUCAGCAAAAGCGGGACGUUCCUAAACUGCCGCGCUAUCUUCAGGGACUAAUGGGCGAGGCGAACAAGUGCUUCGCGCGAGGCAGUCUCGAGGACGCUGUCAAGAUGUGCCUGGAGGUUGUGAGGCAGGCGCCCUCUUCGCCAAUGCCCUACCAGACCCUCGCCAUGGUCUACGAGGAACUGCACGAAUCCAGCCGGGCUCUGCAGUUCGCCCUGAUCGCGGCAUACUUGGGCCCGCAGGACGCGUACGAGUGGAGCCGGUUGGCGCAGCUUUGCCUGGAGCAGGGUCUCAUACAUAAAGCAGCUUCGUGCCUCGUCAAGGCGCUACGAGCAGACCCGCAUGACUUGGAUCUGCGGCGCCGGCUGUGUGCGCUGUACGAGCAGCUGGGCGACGAGCGCCAUGCUUUGGUCUCAUGCGCAGCCCUCGCCCGCCGAAUGCAGGAACCGGCCGAGUGCCUGCAGUUAUCGCGACACCUCGUGGCCGUCUACCGCGAGCGGGACAACCUGGCUGGAGCUGCUCGAGUGCUCCUAAACGUCGCCACUAAGUUCCCCACGCGUGUCUCUGAUGAAGAUAUCACCAUGCUGCUGGAGAUGCAACUGACGCUGAAAAUGCACUCGGAAGCCCUGCUAGUGCUUCACAACCACUGCGGAGUUGAGCUGCUGCCACGGCCUGAGGGGUACGAGAGGAUAUCCGCAGAGCUACUCACUGACUGCCUUGUCACUUUUGACAUAUGCCUAGUGCCAGUUGAGCUUCCCGUUGAGAUCACGACGAAGCUAGUGCUCUGUCUAAUACAUCUGGGUGCUCGGCACCUCGUGAUGGAUCUGGUGAGGAAGCUGCAGCACGAACUGAACCCCGAAGAGGAGGGUGGCUUUCUGCUGGACGUGGCGGAGGCCUUCAUGGAUGAGGGCUUCGAGCACGAUGCACGACCUCUUCUGCGCGUCCUUGUGCACACUCGCAACUAUGGGCUGGCGUCUGUUUGGUUCCGGUAUGCGGAAUGCCUGCAGCGACUGGGCGAAUAUGGUGAUGCAACCAAGGCGUACGAACGUACGUGCGAGCUGGAACCGCGCCACGCGCAGGCGCGCCUCUCCCUGGGCCAGUUGUUGGCCGCGCAGGGGCAUCGGCAACGGGCCAUCAACUGCCUCGCGACAGACGCACGACAUCUUCAUGACACCGACAACAGCACGCCGGAGCAGCAGCAGGAGUCGGCGUCCGUGCUGCUUUGUCGGGCGCACCUACUGUGGGAGUCCGGACCACGCGAGUCUUUCAUCGAGGCGGCUAUGAUGCUGGUGCAGGCGCACUGUUUGUCCGUCCGAACCUUCGAAGAAUACGACGCAGUGUACCUUAAUACCACUCACCUGGGUCGCAUGAAGGCAAUCCGCGAUCUGCAUGAGGAACGCGGAUUCACAACAGGCUGGCUUCCAAUGGAGAGUGGUGUUUCUUUCGACGAACUGCAGGCAUGUUUCCUCGAGCUGUACCGAGCACUGCACGAAAACGGCCGCAUGGACGAUCUCAGGCAAGUCACCACGGAAGUCCUCGUGUCACCCCUGUUCAACAGGGACGCAGCGAGCACUGAGGAGCUGGAGUUCCUGAGUUUUCUUGCCCACUACCAGGACCCGUACCAUGCAGCGCACAGCUUCCCCCUCGUGCGUGCCAUGGUGCUGAAGUAUCCAAAGCAAGUACGUGCGUGGAACUUGCUGGGCCUAGUGGCGAACCAGAUGCCGGCGUACCGCAAAAAGGCAUUCUACCUCCGGCUACUCUACAAGCACGAGAACAGCGUGCCGCUGAAGCUUCUUAACGGACACAACGCUUUUCUCUCGUCAAACUAUGGGCACGCUCUGGCGGAAUACACGCAGCUGCUGAAACAGGUUGGAGAGGAGGAACCAAUGCUGCUGUUGUGCGCCGGCAUCUCCCUAGUCCACCUGGCAACCCAGAGGGUUUCAGAGAACCAGCACUGGCUGGCCACUCAGGCGAUGGCUUUCUUGGGUCGCUACCUGGAUGCGCGGGGCAGCGGUUGCCAGGAGGCCCUAUUUAACGUAGGCCGCGCACUUCACGAGCUGGGCCUCCUGCACAUGGCGCUCCACAUGUACCAACGGGCACUCGCUGUACCACCGGCUGUGCAGGAGAUGCCAGAGGUGUUCGACCUGCGACGGGAGAUAGCCUUCAACGUGAGUCAGUUGUACCUGCUCGGAGGCAACACCGAACUGGCCCGCUGGUACAUCGACCGCUACUGCGUCGUUUGAAUCGGGCAGCGCUCGGCGGGCUAUAGAAUUGCUUGCAUUUACAAAAUUCAGACUAUCUCCUGCUUUGAACACUGAGUUUUGUGCACUUCCUACAUGACCACACUAUGUGAUCGCCAUCGAGAUGGCAGAUUUCUGCGGGUCGUGGUGAAGCCC